ACUAGUUCUCUCCCUUCCUCUAUUCACCCGCUCUCUGCCCGCCUUCCACGCCUCGCGCUGGACACUCCAGGCCAGGGCGCGCACCCUUCCCCGUUGUCUCCCACGUGAGCUCAACCGGCACCGCACAGAAAACAACUCACUUCAACUUUUAAACUGAGCUAAAUGAACCCAGGAGUCUCCUGCACUCACAGCUCUGGCAGCCCAGGCCGGCCCUGUGCGCUCCUGUGGAGCCUCUAGCGGUGGCUCCUGGAGUGUGCCGUCGCAGGCCUGAGUGACAGGCCCAGCCAGAGCUGAGCCAUGAGGCCAGCGGGGAGGACCUUGCCCUCCCAAAGCCUCUGGCUCCCCGCGCUGCUCCUGCAGAUGCUCCUGGGGGACGCUCAGCAACACGACGUGAUUUUCCAGCCUGACUCUGGCUUCGCCUCCUACGAAAUCACCAUCCCGAAAAAGCUGAGCUACCGUGUAGGCGAGCAGGGCCUGGUCCAGCACCUGUCCUACCUCCUGCACAUCCAAGGCAAGAAGCACGUGCUCCACCUGAGGCCCAAGAGGCUGCUCCUGCCACGUCACCUGCGGGUCUUCUCCUUCACCCACCAGGGCGAGCUGGUGGAGGACCACCCCUACAUCCCCAGAGACUGCAACUUCAUGGGCUCCGUGGAGGGCUCCAAGGAAUCUCAAGCCACAUUUUCAACGUGCAUGGGGGGUCUGCGAGGCGUCCUGAAAGUCGAUGCCCAAGAUUUCCAGAUCGAGCCCCUCAGGACUUCUUCCACCUUUGAGCAUAUUGUGUACCUCCUCAAGGAAGAAGAGCCGUUUCUCAGUCAGAACUGUGAUUUGGUGGAUGAUGAGGAAAUUAAAAAGCUGAUGAGCCCAAAGGACUAUAUGGCUAGGAUCAGGAGCAUAAAAGCCAGCUAUAAGCACCCCAAGUACAUGGAGUUGGUCCUGGUCUUUGAUCAUGAUAGGUUUCUGUAUUCCAAGUCCAAUAUUACCAAAGUCACAAACGAUGCCAUUCUCAUCAGUGCUAUUUUAGACACUUACUAUCAGGAUGUUUUCACAAGAAUCCACCUAACUGCUGUUGAAGUUUGGACAGACAGAGACAAAGCAAGGAUCCAUCAUAGAACGAUAUCUAGGGCUUUGGGCCAGUUUUCAGUUUACAGGACUUCAAACCUACUUGUUCGGAUUCCACAUGAUUGGACCCAUCUAUUUGCCAUUAAAGAUUAUGUUAAAGGUCUUGCAGGUAGUGCUGGAGGUAUGUGUUGGCUAGCCUCUGUAUCUCUCGCUAUUCUCAAAGAUGAAAAUAUCCUUGGACCUGCCACUUGGACUGCUCAUGAGAUAGGUCACGGUUUGGGAAUGGAUCAUGACGGCCUAGAAUGCUUGUGUAAGGGCAGACGCAACUGUAUCAUGGGCAGUGGACGCACUGGGUUUAGUAACUGCAGUUAUGAAGAGUUUUUGUACUUCACAAACUCAGAAGCAGCAUGUCUAGAUAAUAUCCCAGGACAAGGUCUGGUGAUUAAGAGAUGCGGGAACAAAAUUGUGGAGGAGAAUGAGCAGUGUGACUGCGGUACCAAAGAAGAAUGUGAGAAGGACCAGUGUUGCCAGCUGGAUUGCAAGCUCAAAGAGGGUGCCAACUGCAGCACUGGCCUUUGCUGUCACAACUGCCAAUUCCGACCAUCUAGAUUUGUGUGUCGAAGGCCAGAAAAUGAAUGUGACCUUCCAGAGUACUGCCUGGGGAAUUCCAGUGACUGCCCAGAAGACACCUAUAAAGUGGAUGGUACGCCUUGCAAGUAUGAAGCCCGAUGUUUCAAAAAAGGGUGCCGGUCCAGAUACAUGCAGUGCCAGAGUAUUUUUGGAUCAGGUGUCAGGGAAGCACCUUAUCAGUGCUACCAUGUAGUGAACUCUGUGGGCGAUCAGUUUGGCAACUGUCGAAUGGAAGAGAGAGUGGAUUUAGUAUAUAAAAAAUGCUCUAGGGAAAACUCACUGUGUGGCAGGAUACAGUGUGUGAAUGUCAAAAGUCUGCCUGACUCACCAGAUCAUGCAACCAUCAUGUCCACUCACCUAAAAGAGGAAAAUCUCAUGUGCUGGACUAUUGGCUACCACCUAAACAUGAGGCCCUUGGGGAUCGCUGAUGCAGGGGUCAUCAGCGAUGGUACCUCCUGUGGGAAGGACCGGGUGUGUUUUAACAGGUCGUGUGUGCCAGUUCAAUCAGUUCUGAACUAUGACUGCUUGCCGAAGAAGUGCAAUAACCGAGGUGUUUGCAACAAUAAAAAAAACUGUCACUGCCUGUAUGGCUGGGCCCCGCCCUUCUGUGAGGAGGAAGGGUUUGGGGGAAGCAUUGACAGUGGGCCUGCAGGACCUUUAGAAAAAGAGGUGUCUGCCAAUAUUCAGAUCGUGUCCAUUAUGUUUUUACGCCUUGCUUUAUUCAUCAUCUCACUGGUUAUCCUAGCAUUCUGGAAUGUGAUAGAUAGUUAUAUAAUACCAAAGCCAGAAACACAGUGAUUAUAGCAGAGAAUAUAGCACUGAUGGGAUUGUCAAUGAAACCAAAAUAUGUGACCAGCUGGUUGAUGCUCAAGAACAGAGUCAUGCAAUGAACAUGCUCAUCAUGUAUCCAGAUGGCUUCUGUUCCCCCAGUUCUUUGUCAUUUUAUUUUUCUCUCACUGUGAUCUGCAAAUAAAGAGUAUUCCUGUUGUGGAAACAAAUCAA